AAGAGAAUUUAGCUUAAUUGAGGUUACUAUAGGAUUUAUUAGAGAAUCUUGUCACUAUGGGAAACUUGUUCCUAGACCAAAUUAAAAAGCAGGCAUCUUCAUUUCUACAUGAGAAAUACAAAACUGUAAAGCUAGUCUUGACUGACGUUACUGAAGCCGAAUUGUUGGCUGAAGAUGCAACAAAUAAUGAUCCAUGUACUCCUAAUGCUAGAACAAUGAAUACGAUAGCACAAGCAGCAUUCGAUAUAGAUAAUUACUGGGGAAUCGUUGAUGUCCUUCACAGGAGGUUGUAUAGCAUCGAUUGGAAGGAAUGGAGGCAAUCCUACAAAUCGCUAGUAUUGCUCGAUUUCUUACUAACUCAUGGUCCUGAAGACUUUGCUGAAGAAUUCAAAUGCGACUAUGAUGUCAUUCAAGAGCUUGGAAUGUUUGAACACAAAGACAAAAAUGGGAUUGAUUGGGGGAUGAACAUGCGAAAGCUAUCAGAACGGAUACUAAAUCUUCUACAAGGAGGAGAGACACUAAAACAAGCACGUUUAAAAGCUCUCAAAAUCACGAAAGAAAUCCAAGGAUUUGGUAAUUUAAUGGUGUCUCCUUCCACAUCCUCAUCCUCAUCCUCGUCAUCCUCAGAAAUGUCGGGAACUUCAUCUUUUGGCUCAUGUUCUAGCUCAAACAAGAAAUUUAGCAACCCAAUGGGUAACAAGAAUAUUGAUGGGUCACAUGUUUGGAAUUGCCCCCCUAUAGAAGAAACGGGUUCUUUACUCGAUUCUGAAGAUGAGAAUGAAGAAAAAGAAAAAUCACACGGUUUUAUAAGUGGAAUUUGCUCGAAGCUUGUUGGCAAUAGUCCUUCGAAAUAUAAUGGUGAGAAAGUAUCAUUUAGGAGUAUUUCUGAUGUUGGAAUGCUAACGAGAAAAAAUAAGAUAGAUCGCCAGUUCUCAAGUGAAUAUUGAUUUUUUUUUAUUAUUAUUAUUGGCAAGUGCAAUAUUGAUUAGGAGUAUGUUUUGUUUAGACCAUUGAAUUUUUGUAUAAAUCUAGAGGUCCCUUAAGAUAAUGUGCCAGGAAGGUUAUUCC